AAAUGAGUGAACUAUCUAGCCGCCAAGAGCCUAUGGGGACACGGGAGGGUUAUAAGCAGACUUAUGCAUCGGGAGGAAUCGAGUUUCAUAAUCAAAUGCGUGCUUUUGAUCAGUAUCAUAAGGAAAUGCAGUCUCGGAUAGAAAUGUUCACUAGGAAGAUAGAAGCUAAGGAAAAAUAAUACUGAAAAAUUCAAAGAGGUGAGGAAAAAGGAACUUGAGCGUGAGCUUGACUUCCUUGAAGAAUCUCUUGCUAAGACCAGAAUAGAAAAUGAAAGGAAGCUCAAACUCGCCAAUGACAAGGUUAAUAUUAAUGAACAUAGAAAAGCAGCUAUUUUAUCAAGGAAAGAUCUUAUCAAUGACAAACUAAAAUUUAUGAGAGAUCUUCAUCAAUUUGAUCCUAGGUGGAAGGACAAGCUCAGAGCUAAGAAACAAAUGGAACUUAAUCGUCUUGAGCAACGCAAGACACAAAUUCAAACUUAUGCAGAUGGUGUCGAUCAAGAACUUGACCAUCAGAUUAAAGAUACCAAAUAUGAUAUCUAUCAGCUUCAAAAAUACUCAGAAAUUCGAGAAACUUUACUCAGAGAAAGACAGAAAGAAAACGAUGCCAAUCUGUUCAAAGCUCUUCAUGGUGGAGAUCAAAGAGAACAUCCAGCUAAAGAAGUUACUAUUGGCGGAAAACAAGAAUACGAAGAUGAGUACUCUGAAGAAGAGGAGGAAGAAGAGGAGAGCAAGAAGCUUCCUCCAAAAAGAGACACCAGACAUAAAACCCAUAAAUACCCUAAGGAAGAACACAAAGAUCCUGUCAUCAAAGAUGAAGAUAAGGAAGAUUCCUCUCCUAGCAAGAAUUUCCUGGAAGAACGGAGAGAAUCCAACAGAAGUGAAGAUGACCUGCUGAGAAGGCUUGAAGAGAAGAAGCUCAAAAGACAAGAAUCCUAUAACAAGCGCAAGCAAGAUCGUGAAGAGAAGGAGAAGCAAGCUGAACUUGAACGCCAAGAUAAAUUCAAAAAGGAUAAACUUGCAAGAGAAAAACAAAGGAUUAAAGAACAAGAAGAGAAAGCCCAGAAAUUAAGACUAGAAGCUGAAGAAAAGGAACGAAAGCGCAAGCAAGAAGAAAAGGAGCGUGAAGAGAAAAGAAAAGCUCUUGAAGAUAAACUUCGUGAAGAGAAUCAGAGAAAAGAAGAUAUGCUCAAGGCUAAGAAAGAAGCUGAGAAGGCUAAGGCUGAGAAGGCUAAGGCUGAGAAAGCUAAGGCUGAUAAAGCUAAGGCUGAUAAAGCUAAAGCUGAUAAAGCUAAAGCUGACAAAGAGAAAGCUGAAAAAGCAAAGAAUGAUAAUAAAGAUAACCAACAAAUGAAUUAUCAGAGGAAAUCAUUGAUGAAGAGCUCCAGGACUCAGUCAAGACCUUCUUAUGGAAAAACUAUUGAAGAUGAAGGUGAUUCUGAAGAUGAAGAUGAAACUGAAGACAAUUUUGGAGGAUUCCAAGGAUCCUUUAGACAAGGACAGAAACUCAAGAGAGUAACACCUAGAAGCACUCCUAAAGUUAAGCAUAAAUAUGGCAAACUAAGCUCUCUUCUUCAAAGAGCAAGAGAUAUAUUUAAUGAAAGAAAUACCAAAAAGCCAAAGCCGAAGCAAGUAAAGGUUACUAAAAAGAAGAUUGUUGCUGGCAAAUAUGGAGAACUAAGCAGAAUCCUGCAAAGAGCUAGAAUUGAAUUGGAGAAAAAGGAUCAAAAUGACCCACAAAGAGUAAAUGAAAUAGAAGUUGCUGGAAUAGACUCAUCCCUCCAGACAUCAUUUUAUGAAGAAGGAGAAGGCAGUGAAGUCACAGAAGGUGAAAUCCCAGAGCUCUUCGAAUAUAUUAGGAGGACAGAACCUGCGAAGAAGAACUCUAUUGUGAAGAAUUUGUUUAAUUUUAUCGAUACUUUCAAAGAAUUUGAAAGCGGAAACCUAUUCAACUUUGACAUUUAUAUUUCCCAGCUCUAUUCAGAAAUUUAUGAUGGAGGAGACACAUGGCAGAGGAAUUCAAAAACAGCUCAUGUUGAAAACUGCAUGAAACUGCUUGUAUGUAUCAUGUUAUCUGAGAAAGAGUCAAAUUUCUCUCAGGUAAAAUUCACUUCAGACUCUGGCAAAUUCAGCAAAUCUCAGAACUGUACUCUUCCUGAAAUCACGAAAUACAUGACUUCACCAUAUGCUAAAGACCUAUUCACAAAGAUCUACAUCAGACUUAUUGACGAUGGCUACUUGAACUUCGACCAAAACACGAAACUCAACUUAUGCAGGAAUCUUUCUAGAUGUCUUGUUGAUGAAAAGUUUGAACAUCUCGUUACCAAAAUAAUCAUGAAAUGUCUCGAACAAGACGCUAAAAACAGAUCAAAACAUUUUGGAAAAAUCGAAAUUGAUGAUCAAGACCUUGAGAAACCAAGCAAAAAGGAAGAAUCCAAAAAGAAGUCCAAAAAUGCAAAACAAAUGGUCAGGACAAAGGAAGGAAGAAAAGGACUGGUCAUCAUCCAGCAAGCUACUGAUGCUGAAAGGUACAAGUACUCACAGAUCCUUGUGAAGUUUAUUGAGGAAAACAUGACCAAGGCCAAGAGCAAGAAUAAGUUAUAUAACCUUGACGAGUGCGACGAUCCAUCUAUGAGUGAGAAGAUUUGAGAGCAUGUUUAUGAAAUUAACCUGAAGAAUAAAGCUGGAAAGACCCUUAGCGUUGAAGUAGCCUGUGGACUACUUAUGCAGCUGUUGAGAACCAGGGGAAAUGAAAAUAUUCAUCCUGAUGAUCUUGAUGAAGAUAAUAAUAACAUCACUUCAGAAGAAAUUCGAAGGUUGAUACAGGAUAAGGGUUGUGCAAAUUUAUAUGAGCUAAUCUAUGAUCAUAUGCUUAAUGCUAUCGAAGCAAAGAAAUCAACAAUUUCUUAUUGCUCAAGAUAUCUCUCAGAAGCUUUGUUAAAUUUCCCAAAUGCUGCACCUCAAGACAAGAAAUAUAUUGAGAACUCCAUAGCUAGCUCAAUGAAAAGGGAGAUAAACAAGAGAGAACUCAACAAAUCUUCAAAUGCAAGAGAGAUGAUGAACAAGCAAUUCAGUCCUCAAAAUAGUGAUGAGGACAACCCUGGAGUAGUUAUGGGAAUGAAAAAGAAGAAAAAGAACAAAGGUCCUGAAAUCAACAUCAAUGACUUUGGAUUUGAUGCAACUGAUCACCAAGCUAUUGAAGUUGAAGAUGAGUAUCUUGAUGAUUUUGAAUCCUUCAGUGAUCCUUAAUUCGCCUAAUUUUAUUUAUCAGUUCACUAAACUUUA